AGAGAAGGAUUCUGGUGUAUAUAAGGAUACAGCGGAAGCAUGCGCUUUGGUAUCAUAUUGAUCUUGCCAUAGUAACGAUUCUCUCUUCUCUCUGGCAAAUGUUGGCAUCACGCACUAUAGCUGGAAGGGUGAAAGAGAAGGAAACGAGAAAGGGAGAAAGAGUGAACUUGAGAAAGAUGGGAAAAGAGAAGAUCGAGAUGGAAAGAGUAAGAUAAAGAUGCAAGAGAAGAGAAGAGACGAAGGGUGUAGUAUAGUAGGGUUUUGCACACCGCAUGGUAUACCAUACAAGGGAGGGAAGGAUACUGCAGACAUACACACGCGAGAGAGAGUGGAUUCGGGAUAAUAUAGGAAGCAACGUGGAUGUGCAAGAGUGCAGACCUAUAGGACAUGGACGCAAUUCGCCUCUCUGCUCUGCGGGUUAAAUGAAAAUCAGUUCAGCGUUGGUUGUCGCGGAGGGCGCAUCUUACUGCCCCUAAAAAACAGUCUCUUUCAUUCCUUCGACACAAACACGAGAUGCGCCUCAAACAAAUAAUUCGGUAUCGCAACCUCCUACUGAUCUGAGUUUUUCUCUCAUCUUCGUCGAAUGAUCAGUUAUCGCAACUGCUGUUCGUGUCACCACCAGUAGCAGCAGUAGCGCAGAGAUAAGCUGCUACGUAAUAUAUAUAUAUAUACACAGGGUGGUUGAUGGGAGCAGCGUAAAAAAAAAGUGCUGAAUCUUUGCACAGAAUUCGAGAUAUGUCGAUGCACAAUGCUGCAAAGGAAAGAAAGUAAUUUUUCAAGUAGUGUUAUUAUAUCAGUCGACGCACUAUCUGACACCGGGACUAAGGGACCGGACACUGCACAAAUUUGGGUGCAGUCACGUGCCCCCGAUAUAGAGGAUAUGUUUCUUUUUCAUCACGAAACAAUCGUCUCUCAAUCCUGGUGGUUCUGUCUUUCGUUAUAAUAUACAAAUAAUAGUGACGUGAUAAUUGGCGGCUGCAGACAACUGGCAGCUGCUUACGGUCACCAACUUCUCAAGAGAAGAACGUACGUGCCUGCUGGACUUGUCUGCCUAAAAACGAAAAUAAAUAAACCGAUCCUUGUCUUCCUUUACUUUAUGCCAAAAUGAGACGGUGGACUCUCAUGGCGGCAAUUGCCCUCGCAGCUUCAGGAUUGGUAAGUGGCGGUUAUCACGAGAAGAAGCUGCUAAACGACCUGCUGGAUGCGUACAACGUGCUGGAGCGACCGGUGGGCAAUGAGUCCGAACCCCUACAGUUGAGCUUCGGCCUUACGCUUAUGCAAAUAAUUGAUGUUGACGAGAAGAAUCAGCUGCUUAUCACCAACCUGUGGCUAAAACUGGAGUGGAAUGACGUCAACAUGAGGUGGAACAUUUCCGAAUAUGGUGGUGUAAGGGAUCUCAGGAUACCUCCACAUCGCUUGUGGAAACCUGAUGUUCUCAUGUACAAUAGUGCGGAUGAAGGAUUUGAUGGUACAUAUCCAACAAACGUUGUCGUUAAAAGCAAUGGGACAUGCUUAUACGUGCCUCCUGGUAUAUUCAAGAGUACUUGCAAGAUAGACAUUACUUGGUUUCCUUUUGACGAUCAAAAAUGCGAGAUGAAAUUUGGUUCUUGGACAUACGACGGAUUUCAGCUGGACUUACAAUUACAAGAUGAAAACGGUGGAGACAUUAGUAGCUUUAUUACUAACGGAGAAUGGGAUUUGUUAGGAGUACCUGGCAAGAGAAAUGAAAUCUACUACAAUUGUUGUCCAGAGCCAUAUAUAGAUAUCACAUUUGUUGUAAUGAUAAGAAGAAGAACUCUGUACUAUUUCUUUAAUCUAAUUGUACCCUGUGUCUUGAUUGCUAGUAUGGCGGUUUUAGGCUUCACUCUGCCACCAGAUUCUGGUGAAAAACUAUCUCUCGGAGUGACUAUUCUCUUGUCACUUACAGUGUUCUUGAACAUGGUCGCUGAGACAAUGCCUGCAACAUCCGAUGCAGUACCGUUAUUAGGAACGUACUUCAAUUGUAUCAUGUUCAUGGUCGCAAGUAGUGUUGUAAGCACGAUUCUUAUAUUAAAUUAUCAUCAUCGCAAUUCUGACACACACGAGAUGUCUGAUUGGGUGAGAAUUGUUUUCUUAGACUGGUUACCUUGUAUACUGCGUAUGUCAAGACCAUCAGACAAAGAAGAAAAAGAAGCUCAAAAAUCACAAAAACCUUCUCCUGUUACAGGUCCCAGUAAAGCAUAUAAUGAUCUGGAACUUCACCAAAGAAGUAGUAAAUCACUACUAGCUAAUGUACUGGACCUAGAAGACAAUGCCUUGGCUUCGCAUAACAACUUGUUAAAUAACGUGUACAGUACACCCGGUCCUCACCAUCACACAAUUGGGCACGGUCAUAGUCAUAUACAUACGACUCCUCGUCAUCAUCAUACGCAUACGACAGCAACGCCACAUCAUCAGCACUCAACGCCGUUGCCGCAUUCUUCUUAUCCAACACAUCAAAUUGGUCACACUCCACAUCAUCAUCCGCAUACUCAGGAUGGAGGAGCACCACAAGUAGAAACAAUUCUUCAAAGCGCGUGCUUCUGUGCUCGUUAUGAACUCGUUUUGAUAUUAAAGGAGAUCAAGAUAAUUACUGAUCAACUAAAAGACGAUGAAAUAAAUGUAAAGGUAACGAACGACUGGAAGUUUGCUGCGAUGGUGAUUGACAGGAUGUGCCUAAUUAUUUUUACUCUAUUCACGAUCAUUGCUACCAUCACCGUCCUGUUUUCUGCUCCACAUAUUAUCGUCACGUGAUUCGAAAAAUUCAAGAUUGCUGCCGAAAGUGAAAAAAGAAGCCGAUGCUCAGUUGAUGAUAAACUUGUUCUUGUUACGGGUAAAAAUCCCAUUGCGAUCGCUUUCGUUUGUUAUGCUUGUGACGUGCGUUUUUUGGUCUGAAACGAGUGUUAUCUGAAGUGAGACUGCUUUACAAUAGAAAAUCAAUACGAAAAAAUCUGUCUUCAAUCUGAUCUCGACACGUUUAUCGUUGUUGAACUAUAUAAAAUACGCCUUAGAAAAAAAACACUUUCAGAUGAACAUACCCCAUAAAAAAAAA